UAAAAAGCGCAUGAUGAACGACCUCAGCACAGUGACGUUCCACCCACCCUCACACACACACACACAUUCGUCAUGAAGAACCUGGUGAUAUUGGCAGUGGUGGGCGUGUGCUCGGCUGUGCCCUUCCUUGGGGCGUCACAGGCGGCGGCAGAGAAAGUUCGGUUCUCCCAGACAUUCCGAGCUGCUCAGCCCCAACACAACGUCCUCCCCCACCAGGCCUACAACCCCUCUCACCACCAGUUUCACAAUUCAGCUCCACAGCAAAUAUUUAACCCUUCACAGCAAACUUACAACCCUUCUCAAGUGCACAUUCACAACCCUAUACAACAACAAGCAUUUAAUUUUCCACAGCACCAGAUCCACAAUGUUGCCCCUCAACAAUCACACAUCUCUCCCCAGCAGCAGGUUUACAGUUCUCCACAGCAUCAGACUAACAGCUCCCCAGCGGUUCUCGACCAACCCAAGUGGAAGGGUCCCUUUGCGUCCACUGUUCCAGCAGGUGUAGACGGCACCGUCACCCCGGUCUCCGAUACGAAUGAAGUCGCCGCAGCUAAAAAAGCCUUUUUCAGGGCGUUUGAGGCCGAACUAGCGGCAACUGGUGGAUCUCAGGUCUACCAGGAACCUUUUUCAGCCUCCCAGUCCACCACUAGCACCACUCACCACAACACAGCAUCCUUUUACAACCCCGUCGCUCCGGUCCACAACAAUGCUCUCCCCUCACAUCCUUUCCCCAGCAACUACAACACCGCCCAGGCUGGUGUACGGGACACUGUUUCCUUUGGUCACAUUGGUAGUACUCCUCCUGUCUCCUCCCAGUCCUUCGCUGUCCCCGCCGUCCCCGUGACCAGCCAUGGCUACAACGGCGGCGUCAACCACAUCAGCGACACACCCGAGGUGGCCGCCGCCAAGGCUGAAUUUUUCAGGACCUUCGAGAGACAGGCAGCAGCGGCAGCUGCGGCGCCUGACGAUGAAGAAUACAACUACCACUAAGAUCCAUCUCACUCACUCUCCUCGAAUAAUGUGGCAAAAUUUUUGUAAAUGGUCUGCGAAAGUGUGUCAUUUAGACUGGCAUAUGACAUAUGGUACAGAAUAAAUUGGUGUUAUAACACUGAAAAUCGAUCUCAGUGAAGCUCAGUAGAAUGAUUUAUAAGUGUUAAGGCAAGCGAGUAGUAUGAGGUACAAUAGUUACAUCAAAAUACCAUGAGUCAAGAGUUGUACAUUAUCAAAAUAUUCAUUAUUAAUCUGGCGCGUGAUCAAGAGGAAUAAGAUCCUAUAACAAUCAUAAUAAAAUGGACUACAUAAGG